UUGCCAUCUGUCGAUUCACGAAGAUUGUUGUUGAGGAAUUUUCUGGUAAUAGCAACUCUCGUCCGCAUAGGAGACAGUAAUGAAAGACUCACCAGAUAAAGAAUCGGCGAAAGAAAAGUCAUAUUAGUAAUAUACUUAUAGUUUAUAGAUUGCAGCUUAGAAUCUUUUGGCGUGGCUGAACGAACAGCAAGGACCUGAAUGAAAGCCUGUAGAUCGAAGGUCGUAAAUGAAACCCGGAGUUUGCUGCGAGCUGGGAGGUCUAAGACGUACGUCAGUCCCGAAGGUUGAUGAUACGUUUUGACGAUACUCUUUAAACGAGCUUUUCAGCAUCAAAUUCGGUCCUGGGCCAAUGGUCUUGGCAUAAAGUGGUAAACGAAGUGCAGUUCCUUGUCUUGGUGCAGAGGAAUCUUGGCCCAUAACAGGUGGCAAGUUAUAGAUUGGACCCGGGGAUGGCGUCGAAUUAUCCCGCAAAGACGCGCGUGAGGCAUUACUGAAAAUAGAGGAAGCAGCCGAUCGACUUUCUGAGCUCACUUGCUUGCCACAUGACAUGGCCGGUUCGUAAGAGCCCGGUCCUGCGCCCGGAUUAGCUCUCUUUCGAGUAGAAUCCCAAUCUUCGCGCGAGCUGUUUCCAAAACUCUUCAUUGAACUAGACCCAAUGCUGGUUGGAAUAUCGUAGAAGACCUCCGAACUUGCUGCACCUGAUUGCCAUCGAAAGCGCUGCUCUGUGGGGAUGAAUGUGGCAAUUGUGUGGUGUAUUCCACGCUUGGACGGCGAAUCAAAUAGAGGCGGAUGGGAACUGCCGCCCCCACUUGAUCCAAAAACCGAUCCAGCUUUUCUGAUUUCUUGUGUCAUCAGUUCGGAGGUGGUCGGCGUUUGAAUUUUCAUCUUCAUUUUGAGCAGAGCAUUAUGACUCGAUACAAAAGCUCCGAUACUAAGCUUCUAUUUUUACGUAAUGAGGACGGGUGGGGUUGAUGUUUUAGUUAAGCACAAAUUUGAGAAAUCUAAUUGUAUCUGAGAUGUUCUUUGAAAGUGAAUUGCCGGUUUGUUGUCUGACUAAGGUAAGAUUGAUUUAAGAAAUCGAGAGACAUAUUGCAAAAGUGGUUCACUUUUUGCGACCACUUGCUCCCUAACUGGUAUGGGACUCCUUCACUACCUCGCAAUCAGAUUUCGACCGAGUGUUGCAGAAGCCGUUUAUUAGUACUAUGUGGCCCGUGGUACUACUAUCAGUGUCAACGAGAUCGCUACUUGCUACGCAACUACAUGAUAAAUUUGGUGUCAAUGCGUGUAGCAUGCGAGAGAUGCGAUCACGUCACUGUUGUUGGAUCACGCACAAACGAAGCCAGACUUUACGAGUGAUGGAUUUGAUCCUGUUGAGUAACUCGUACUUAGUUUCUUCUACUUAAGAAAAAUGAAUAGAAUUAAGUUUAAGCUAGAUUGAUCACGGACAAUGCUUUACGGACAU